CUGCUUUCCUUGCACUAACCAACGUGAAAGCGCUGGAAGAAGCCGCCUCCAGCCUCAGAAACCUCCAAGUGUCUUGAUCUCACGUCAGCUCAGCUGGCCUCCUGGAAGCGUUUCCGAGCGGACCUUGGCAUAGGGUUUGGGGGGCUUAAUUGGAGGGAAAACAGAAUGAAGGAAAUCAUGUCUAAUAACAACACAACCAAUAUAUCUCAAGCAAGAAAAGCGGUGGAACAGUUAAAAAUGGAAGCAUACAUGGACAGGAUAAAGGUAUCCAAGGCUGCAGCUGAUUUAUUGGCAUACUGUGAUGCUCAUAUUGGAGAAGAUCCCCUUAUUAUACCAGUGCCUGCAUCUGAAAAUCCCUUCAGGGAGAAGAAAUUCUUUUGUACUAUCCUUUGAGUCAGUUUUAAUUAAAAAUGUCCUUUGUGAAAAUCCAUUACUGAUGGUGCAUGCUUUUAGAUUUUCCCUGAGUUAUCAACAAUUAAACCCACAGUUACAAUAUUUUUAGAAGCACAAUACAUUUUUAUGGUAAAUAAGUGGUUUACAUGCAGAUUUUAGGAUAGCCUCACUUUCCUGCCAGUGCAUAAAUUUUAAUAAUUUCAGUUCUCAAUAAAGAUUGUUUUGGUUUUUAAUGAAAGAACCAAAUACAAUAUUAAAUGGUAGAUAUCUUUGCCAGUCAUAGAUUUUUCUGAGACCAAAAUCAGUCAUACAUAUUCUUGAACCUAUUUUUAAUUUUCAUUUUCUUAGAAAGGUAAUUUAUUUUCUUUUGCCGUUACAAAUAUAUAUUUAACAAAGGCAGAAUGACCUCUCUUGAAGCAGAAUGCCAGUUAUUGCUGUAAUGCUGCUUGGAACGGUCAAUCCUGUACAGUAAAUGGUAUUUCUAAAUGUGGAUCUUUAGUGAACACUGUAGCAAAUUUUACUUUAAAACUUGGUGGAAUUAAGCAACAUUGUGAUUCUGAAAUUUCCUUUAUUGAAGAAAAUAAAGGAGCGUACAAUCUAGGACUUGCUUUUUUCCUUUAGCUUAACUCUGCACCAAGAAGGCUUAUAGAAAUACAAAAAGCCAUUUACCUCCCAUUCUAAAAUUGUAAUGAUAUAAACUUGUAGGAAGCUUUGAGUAAAUCCUUGUUCAUUCUUUCAGUUCAGCUGUGCUAUGGAGCAGGUUAUGCUGCUGCUUUUGAACAGAAGUAGAGUAGGUCCUUAGCUAAUACUUGCUGCUGAUUGCAACAUAGACUUUAAAGCCUCAGACCUGCCCUGGUAUAAGCCCUUAGUGAGGCAUGUGUGAAAUAUACUUUAUUUAAAAUAGAUGCAUUUAGAAGAUGAGGAUGAUGUAAUGAGCAAGAGUGGUAUAUCUUUCCCCUUAAUUAAAUGUUUACAUUUACAGUCUGUGUACCCAAAUUGAAAUAACCACUGCCAUAUUGUUUAUUUUUCAAUAUCUGAUCCUAUCAUCUGUACAAUCCCUCCAGAACAAAAUGUCAAGGCAUUGGGAAGCGUAAACGCAGAUGUCUGUCACAGUGCCUUGAAGGAUGUGCCAGAAGACUUCUGUAGGUUUAGAUGUUCUGUGCUGUCUUGACACACUGGUUCAGUGCCCAGAAUGUUCUCAGUGUGUGAAAGCAUAAGGCUUCAGCCAAAUCCUGUUUCCACUGAAGUCAAUAGAAGUUUUGUCAUUGACUUCAUUAGGAGCUAGAUUUUUUUGCACUGAUUUUCACCUGUUUAGAUGUGGUGGUAAUAAACACUGAUAAAUUCCUGGGAAAAAUUAAACAAAAUAACAUCUGAAAAUGAAAGGCCCUAUAUAUCAGAUACCUUAUUAUAAGUGGAGCAAAAAUUGUUUUCUGAAAACUUUAAAAAAAAAAUCAUUGUGUUUCUUCUUGCUUAAUAAGGUCUUUUAGGGAAUCCUUUCUACAUAGUAAAUGAUGUUGUAACUUUGAUAAGGCUGUUCUGAUCACCAUGGUAACAUGUUCACUUGUCCUUCCUCAAUGUAUACAGUUUUAAUAGAAUAGAGAGCAAGGGGAAUGUAGACCACACAGCUGUAUUCUCAAAGGUUUUGUAUGAGUUUGCAUUUGUGGCUCAUUAACACAAUCUCAUCUAGCAUUUUAAUAUUGCAACAGCUUAUUUAGAAUUCUUGUUUUCUAUUUCAGAUUACUUGUAAUGUCUGCAAAUUAAAGAGCUACAUCAAAUACACUUGUGCAUCAGUGUUUAAAAAAAGCUGUGUUUACAAAAAUCAAGGCUGUUCAUUAGUAAACUUAUUUUGAAAUGAAAACAACUCAUUGUUUUGUGCAUGAUGGUCUGCACUCUGAAACUGAUGGAAUUAGUCUUAAACGUGUCUGUUCUUGUUUUCUAAUAACCCACUAGCAUGUUUAUAACAACUUUCAUCCUCUUGAACAAAGAUCAGUCCAAAACUUAGCUAAAUCAAGAUAAUUAAUUUUAUACCUACUGAGACUCUUAUGUGCUUACAGUAAA